AUGAUGAUGAAGUGUUUAGAUUGGUUAAAGCACUUGUCGACAAUUCUGUUGACUUGUUGUGAUGCUGAUCUUCCACCGCACAGCAAGACACUUCUGAACCCUAAGGAUGUGGCUAGAGGCACUGUGUUUACUGUGAAUGAGAUUGAAGCUCUUUACGAAAUGUUCAUGAGCAUCAGCAGAGACGGGCUUAUUGACCAGGAACAAUUUCAGUUGGUGCUUUUCAAGACGAACAAAAAGAGAAGUCUUUUUGCUGAUAAGGUGUUUGACUUGUUUGAUACCAAGCGUACUGGGAUUCUUGAUUUUGAAACCUUUGCUCGUGCUAUCUCGGUUUUUCACCCCAAGGCUCAAAUUGAGGAUAAGAUCGAGUUUUCUUUCAAGCUGUAUGAUCUGAAACAGCAAGGGUAUAUAGAGAGGCAAGAGUUGAAGGAAAUGGUGGUGGCGACUCUAGCUGAAUCUGGCAUGAACCUUUCUGAUAAUGUGAUAGAGAGCAUCAUAGACAAGACGUUUGAAGAAGCUGAUAGUAAACUGGACGGGAAGAUUGAUAAGGAAGAGUGGCAGAGUCUUGUUUUUCGCCAUCCUUCUCUGUUACAGAACAUGACCCUUCAACAUCUCAAAGACAUAACGAAGACGUUUCCGAAUUUUGUGUUUCACACUAUAGUGCCAGACAACCCAUCUGGAUGCUGA